UUAGGUUGUGAGGCUCCGGCUGGAGGCGGGGAGGAGCCCAGAGGUUCCGAGCUAGCUCGGCCGCUGGGUGGGUCGGGGCGUUCGGCGCGCCCUCCAGUGAAGAAGCGGUGGCCGGGCUGGGCACCGGGAGUGGGAAGCGACGGCGCGGCUGGAAAAUGCCGGUCCACUCCCGCGGGGAUAAGAAGGAGACCAACCAUCAUGAUGAGAUGGAGGUGGACUACGCCGAAAACGAGGGGAGCAGCUCCGAGGACGAGGACACGGAGAGCUCGUCGGUCUCCGAGGAUGGGGAUAGCUCAGAAAUGGAUGAUGAAGAUUGUGAAAGAAGAAGAAUGGAAUGUUUAGAUGAAAUGUCCAAUCUUGAAAAACAGUUUACAGAUCUCAAGGAUCAACUUUAUAAAGAACGAUUAAGUCAGGUGGAUGCAAAACUACAAGAAGUCAUAGCUGGAAAAGCACCAGAAUAUUUGGAACCACUGGCAACUUUACAAGAAAAUAUGCAAAUUCGUACAAAGGUAGCAGGAAUCUAUAGAGAGCUCUGCUUAGAAUCUGUAAAGAACAAAUAUGAAUGUGAAAUUCAAGCUUCUCGCCAGCAUUGUGAGAUAACCCACGAGUGCCGUUUCCUUCUGGUGUCCUCCCUCCAGGGAGCAGUCCUUUCAGCCUUCCGUCCCCUGUGCUCCCACUCCAUCCUGCUCCAUCCUUCAGAGUUUGCCAGCUGCUGGAAGUAUUUGCUCCUUUUCAGAAUGUAUUCAACUUUCAUUUAUGAGCAUAAUGUGAUAAGGAGGGCCUUCUCCUUUCCAGGCUUGAAGAGUGAAAAGCUUUUGUUAUAUGAUACAGUCCAGAGUGAGCUAGAGGAGAAGAUAAGAAGGCUUGAAGAAGACAGGCAUAGCAUUGAUAUUACCUCAGAGCUGUGGAAUGAUGAGCUUCAGUCAAGAAAAAAGAGGAAGGAUCCUUUCAGUCCUGACAAAAAGAAGCCUGUUGUUGUUUCAGGUCCAUAUAUAGUUUAUAUGCUACAAGACCUUGAUAUUCUUGAAGACUGGACAACAAUUCGGAAGGCGAUGGCUACACUGGGUCCACACAGAGUGAAAACAGAACCACCUGUGAAACUGGAAAAACAUCUGCACAGUGCUAGAUCUGAGGAGGGAAGAUUAUAUUACGAUGGUGAAUGGUAUAUACGUGGACAGACAAUAUGUAUUGACAAAAAAGAUGAAUGUCCUACAAGUGCCGUAAUUACAACAAUUAACCAUGAUGAAGUUUGGUUUAAGAGGCCUGAUGGAAGCAAAUCUAAGCUUUACAUUUCACAGCUACAGAAAGGAAAAUAUUCAAUUAAACAUUCAUAAUCAUGAUUUAAGUGUUAUCUAAAUCUACCUUAUUAGUGUUACCAAAUGUGAUGUGCCAUGGGAGUAAAAAUGUAUUCAAUGACUUCAAUAUUCUCGCUGAAUCAUGAGAGACUGUGUAUUUGUAGGUAGUAUUCUAAGUAGACCUCAUAUUGAUAUGUUAUUAAAAGAGACAGAAAAAAUGUUUAAUUGUGAUCAUUACGUUUAUUUACCUUUUCGGUCCAAUGACCAAUAGGUGUAUAUGGUAGGGGUUUCUUAUUAAACGUUUUUAUGCAGAUCUGUGUUUAGUGAACUGUGUUGCUAAAUGGCUAAUUUUAUCUGCAUUUUAAAAAUUUUCCAUAUCUUUGUCACUCAUUAUGUGUUUGUAAAUAAGCAUCAUAAAACGUUUCCUAUAAAUGGUUUGUACUAGUAUAUUAGCGUUUAAUCAGGAUUGAAAUUAAUCAUAUUUAUGUAUGUAUAUAUGGCAUUAUCAGCUUGUUUAGAACUGAUGGCCUUACUUUACAAUCUUUUUUACCCAAAAUUAAGCUAUUGGGUUUGACAGCUAAAAGGAGCACUUUUGUAGACUAGUAGCUUUCUUUCUCGUCUUCUUUGAUUGUAUGGUGGUGACCUAUUUUUACAAAUGAUACUUAAUGUUAAUUAGUAAAAUUAGUGUCAAGUAAUAACAUGCUUCUAUGUGUAUUUCUCGUGAGCCUUUAGAGAGCAGGUGUUUAUGCUGCAGCAUAAGUGGUGGACAGUAACUGACAGUAUUGUGGUGCUUGCUGUGCAUUCUGAUCUUCAAAACAGAUUUUUAGUAAGCAUUUUCCAGAGGUAAAAGUAGUUCCUUUUACUAAUUUUAUUCCUAGGGCAAAAUAGACAGGGAUAAUUGCCCUGAAUUCUCAAAUUAGAAAUUUUAUCUACACUUCUACUAAAUUCUAUACUUUAAGGGCACUGGGUGCAAUUUAGAAAGUAUUGGCCUCUCUUCUCUUAGCCACAUUCAAAAUUAAUUUCUAAGCCUCAGGAACAGUACAAAUAAUCGAAACCCUCAAUAUGGCAGCACAGUUGGCUGUAGUGUAUUUUAGGGUACAACCAAAUCAAGUAUUCCUGGUGGUCUUGUGCACUUUAAUGUCUGUUAUAGUGAGACUUAAGAGGAUGAGGAAGAGAUCUACUUAUUAACACUUAGGGCAGGAAUAUCUGCAUUAUUCCGUUUGUUUUCUUACUAUUUUACCUCUGCAAACAGCUUCCUGUGUGGAUCACUACUUCACAGUUGCCAAAUGUUAAAAUAUUUGACAUCUGAAAUUCAUUAUCAGUAAAGUUAUGUACUUUGUUCUGUUUCUAAUUAACUGUGGCAAAUGUACAUAAUGUCGUAAUCUGAUAGUAUUUGACAGUACUUAUGUAUACAAUAUUUCAUAAGCAUUUUUAAUAAGAUUUGUAUUUUUAAAUUUAGUAUAUAAUAAAAAGAUGUGUUUGAGUGUCA